AUGGCGUCGCCUUUGUUGCAGGCGGCAGCAAUGCCGCUGGACGAUAGCUGCGGCUGCAACGGCAACGCAUGCAGCUGCAGCAGCAACACAUGCAGCUGCAGCAACAGCAGCUGCAGUACGGGUAGUAGCAGCAGCACCGUGGGCGCUGAAUGCUCUGCAUGCACUAGCAGCAGCAUUGAGCAGCAGAUGGAGGAAAGGCAUUUGGUGUGGAGAAAGAAUGCCCCCUUCUUCUACGACACCAUUCUAAGCCACAAGUUCGAUUGGCCCUCCAUGACAGUGGAAUGCUUUCCUCCAGCGCAGGCUUCGUCUUCUUCAGGGGCUGUGCGGCUGCUGCUGGGUACUGCAACAGACGGCAGCGAGCAAAACUUCUUAGUGCAGGCAGAAACGAGGGUUCCCCCCCCUUCUAUGGAGGUUGACCCCAUCCUCUGUGAAACCUACUCAGGCUUCACGGCGCCUCGCAGCAAGUGCAGCCGUGGGGGUGGUCCUGUGUCUGUCUCUUCUGCUCCUCUUGAGGUAAAGGCAUUGCUUGUACACCCUGGAUCUGUCUCUCGCGCUCGUCUCCGUCCUCUUAACCCUCUACACAUCGCUAGCUGCACUCCAGAUGGUUUGGUGUUAUUCUGGGAUUACAGCAAACACCCUUCCUUUCCAACAUCCCCCGCGCCCGUUGCUGCUGCUGCUGCUGCUGCUGCUGCUGGGGGGGGGAUGGCCCCUCAUGCCGGGGGCCCCAACGUCGCUAAGCCCCAAAUGGCGCUGCUAGCCCAUGGGGCAGCCUCUGUAGAAGGGCUGAGCUGGAGUGCAGCAGACAACAGCCGCCUUGCCUCUGCAGAUUCUGCAGGCAUAUGCUGCUUGUGGGACGUCAGCAGCAGCAACAGCAGCAACAGCAGCAGCAGCAGCAGCGUUGGGGGGAUUAAGCCAGGGGACGUUGCGCCUGACGGGGUACAGCUUGCAGCGAAGACUCCGCAGGUGUCUCCUCUGCGUCUAUACACCAUCAAAGGAGACACUCAAGAAAGAGUCUCUUUAAAUGAGAUUGAACAACACCCGCACCAUCCGGAGCUAGCCAUCGUUGCUGCUGAGGACGGCAGCUGCCUGCUGCUGGAUUGGCGGCAGGAGGAAGCAGCUGCAGCGCGAGCAGCAGCAGCAGCAGCAGCUAAUGCAGUCUCUUGGAGUCCCCAGGAGCCGUGUGUCUUUGCGGUGGGCGAUGCCUCGGGCAAAGUGUCUCUCUUUGACACGCGCUGUCUCCGUUGUCCUCUGCUGUCUCUGUCUGCUGCUGCUGCUGCUGCUGCUGCUGAGGAGACUCCUCUCUCCGGUGUCUCCAUUAGCGCCGUGCGCUUCCACCCUGAGUUUGGCUUCCUUCUGGGUGCUGCUGCUGAGGAUGGCACAGUGGCUCUAUGGGACCUUGUGGCGGCCAGUACAAAUCAGCAGCAGCAGCAGCAGCCGCAGCAGCAGCAGCAUCAGGAAGGUGAGGAGAUGCAGGCUGAUGGAGGGGCAGACAGCGCAACGAGGAGGGGCCCCAAGGGGCCCCCAGGACUUUUGUUUGUGCAUGCAGGGCACUCCGCCCCAAUAGCAGACUUCUGCUGGCGGACAGCGCAGGUGCCUCCCCCCAACAGCAGCAACAGCAGCAGCAGCAGCAACAGCAGCAGCACAAGCGUGCAUCACUUGAGGCAGGCCCUGAUGGGAGCAAGUGUCUCGUUUGACAACAAAGUGCAGCUGUGGCAGCCCUCCGAGUUGCUGUUCUGCUCUUCGUAG